AUGUACCAGAUAGACAAAACGAAAAAGAGUCGCUCUUUAUCUUCCGCCGCUCGAACAUUCCUCUCUGUGGAUGACUCAGGUGCCGCCGCCGCCUUGAUGCCUGCUAUCAGCGCAGAAAAAAUGACCACCACUAAGACAACUUCCAAGAAAACGCUUUUUAAGACAAAAGAUAAAGCAAAGGCAACCUCCAUCAGGCCUGUUCGUGUCGCGGACUACGACUCCCAGGAGAUGACGAACGUACCGAAUCCUGUACCAGACACUGGCCUUCCUCCUCCAAGCGACGAUAUAGUAUAUUUCACACCGCCGCCAAUUACUGCAUCUCCUUCGGUAAUCCAUCAGUCCUCGGGCCAGGAGUAUCACGCUGCAGCGAUCACUGGCAAGUCCAUCAGCGUGAUUCCUGUGUCAACCUUCACCCCGUUGCCACCACUACUAUCUCUUGAGCCCACACCAACCUCAGGCAAUGUGCAUGCUAUCUCCCACAAUGCUGUUCAAUCAGCCCAAGUCCAAAAUCCCUCGCCUUUGCACCAAAUUUCAAAACCGGCAAUAAUUGCACUCUCUGUUGUUGGAGGUGUCGUAUUACUGGGAGUAUUCGUCGUGAUAAGGUUUUUGAGACGUCCCCGCCGUCGCAAGUGUCCAACACCCUCUCUCCCCAUUCUCCAAGAUGGUGCCUUCUCAGACCACUUUGAGAACGAAGGAUCCGGAUCUCCGGUUUUCGGAGGCAAGGAGCGAUUCUCGCCCUCGCUGAGGAGUGCACGAGGAAAUACGGGGCUCUGGACAUGGACUCAGUAUCACUCUGGAAUCCCAAAGCCGUCGCCAACUGUCACAGUCUCAAAGUCAUCGUCAGGCGAGCCCGUGAAAGGAUCAGGCAGUCAAGAGAACUUGCUUGCCGAGAAAAGGACCUCUGUUGGUGGGCAGGACCAAUAUCCUUUCACUGGACAAGGCAACUUUGGACAAAGGACCCAACCAACUCUGCAGCCUAUCCAGAAUGCAAUAACUCGCGCGGUCUCUCGGCUCUCCACUGUUUCUAUGUCUCUUUACCCGAACUCGCCAGGCAACACUACCUACUAUGGUGCGACGAACGUGGGUGUAGCCAUCGAGAGCACAGCGCCUCUGACAGGCGAUGGUCAAACUAUGACACGUGCAAAGGACAGGGUUGCGGCAGGAUGCGCGCGCAACAGCAUGGUCGCUCCCCCUAAUGCCAAAGAUGCCUCCUCACUGCGGCGCUCCCAGAGCUAUGCCUACGGUGGAAUGGACACCACUCCAACCUCACCUGGAUACGGGAGAAGCGCGCAGAACGGGGGACGUACACGCAUCAAAUCAACAUACUACACACCUGGUUCAUAUCCUCGCGCCUCCGCAGCUCCUUCGGCAUGGCCAAAAGACCGCCGACAGCAAGAUGGCCUCCACCCUGAUCGCACUCAUGGCUUGCAGCGUUCCGAGUCUCAUCGAGGCCGUGAAACACAGGCGCUGACCUGCGCUCUUGGACUAGCUUCGCCUGUCCCGCCAUCCCCUCAUCCAACGCUGUACCCGGACGACUCCAUGAGUGUGAUCGGAGAAGGAAAGAAGGUCACCGUGACAGGUACGCGCAGCCACAAGAAACCGGUUCCCAAAGCUAUGCUCGAUUACGACAAGUCAUCUUCACCUGACUCUGCAGCGCUUGGAAGUUUAAUGAUGGUGGACUUCGCGGCGUCAAAGUCGACUGCGUCGCUGGUAAAUAUACGUCCGUCCGAAGCGGCCAGGGAGAUGCGUGAGGCACAAUCUCAGGGAGGGCAGAGUUCCGGGGGGUCCGGUCAACCAAAGACGAGCUUGAAGAAGAGAGUGGAGGACAGACCACCGCGUGUCCCAUCACCUCCGCCGUUGCCAUCGCUUGCACAAAUGGCACUUGCUCACGCGAACCCUGAAGCAUAUGCUGACUACCACAGCCCGACAUACAGCAUUUAUGGGUUGUAUGAUGGGGACAGGAAAAGUCGCGGAACAUCAUUUGGAUACUGA